UUUGAUGUACUGUUUAAAUGAACGAAAGGUUGGUAGAAAACACUUUAUGUCCAGAGCUGCUGAGGGUCACGGUAAUGUGUCCUAAAGAAUGGACAAAGAGAAAACAUGGAUGACAAAGCUGAGCGGUUGUGGAGUGUCGUCUGUCAUGAUAAUCAGUGAAAUCGUUUCACGUGUUGAGGCCCUUUUCUGAUCUUGAAGUGAUGUGUGCGAUGCAGACUACUACUGAGUAGUUCCUGAAUAACUCUGAUAUGGUAUAUGAUAUAGUAGAUAAUGAUGAGUUACUGGAGAACAGUAUUAAGAUACUGGGAGAUACUGUAUUAAUGAAUCAUUAGGUAUUGAUUAGUUCAUAAGUAUCUGUGAAUCGGAAUAAUGACCACUUGCUGCACACACACAGGCCAAUAAAUGCUUGUUAUAUUAAUAUGGCCCUUCUGUGUCCUACAGGUUCAGGUGUCCUGGUCCAGGUGUGUUCCAGUGUACUUUGACUGGACUGGUGUUUGUUAUGGCUCAGGAGGCGGAGCUGCUGUACAAGACUGUCCAAUGGGAUGAGAGCCUCCUCCAAUCAGCUGGCAAGAUGGCUGCAGGGAUGCUGUUCGAUAUCAAGUGUUCGGAGGAUGAUGCUGUCUGUCAGCUCCACCUGCCACACUGCGAAACAAAGGAUGCGUUGCUUGUUGAUGGUCUGCUGUCUGUCAUCCACAUCACUGAUGAUGGGAUGAGCAUUUUGGAGCCGCUGGAGAUUACAGACACUCAUGUGGUUGUGAAGGUCCCUCACCUCUCUGCCUUUGGCCUCGUCUGGGACUACGUUCAAAGGUUUCUGAACAUUUCACUGCCAAUAAAUGGCCAAGUUCUGCUGUUCCUCCGACCUCCAAACAUUAGGCAUCAAAUCCUCGAUGUAUUUCUGCUGCAGGACAACAUCCCUCUGCCUGAGGUUGCUGCCCAACAAGGAGCUGCUGAGAACAUCAGGAUCUCUUCCGACUGUCAUCUCGGCAUUGGUCAAAGUUACAGUGUCCACUGUGAACCCGAGGGCUUCAUAAUACAGCCUGAGAGCGCACCGUUUCGCUCAAAGUACGGACCAAAUUUCUAUCCGACAUUUGAAGUUUUCCUGACUACGAACCCAGAGGAGGUGACUUUGACGGUUCAGGACCGAGAGAGGAAAGAAGUGUGGAGACGUGUUGUGCCUCUGACAGGUUCAAGAAGGGAAAGUCUACAGAGGAAUGUCCCGGCAGAGGACAGGGUCCCGGCAGAGGACAGGGUCCCGGCAGAGGACAGGGUCCCGGCAGAGGAAAGGGUCCCGGCAGAGGACAGGGUCCCGGCAGAGGACAGGGUCCCGGCAGAAGAGAGGCUGCGCUCAGUUCGGACAGAGUUUGUUAACAGAGUGACUGAACCGGUUCUGAACCAGCUUCUGGAUAGACUCCUUGAGCGUGGCGUUAUAAAUGAUGGGGAAAUGCAGUCUGUCAGAAUGAAAGCAACAGCAGAAAAAGCACGAGACGUGAUCGACACGGCGCGAAGAAAGGGACCUGAAGCCAGCUCAGUCCUGAUCGCUGCUCUCUGUGAGGCGGAUCAACACCUUUCCAGAGUGCUGAACUUAAACUGAAGCAAAAGCAAGAAACGGCGGGAUGAUGAAUCUCUGUGACAGCAGGCUGUUUUACAGUCUCACAUUACUUACUGUAAUCUUUAAAUGAGAAGUUUUGCCGUUAAAGCAGUGUGUUUUUAAUAAGUGGACUUUCACUCUGAAAGUGAUUCACUCAAGUUUCGGGGGAAGGCCUCACACUGUGAACCAGCUAAACGUGGACUACGCUGGAUGGAUGUUGAGAAGGAAAACAAUUUCAUUAAGAGGUUGCGUCUGCAAACAAACUCCAACAGACAGAUGCUGAAGCUGUUAUUAAGUGAGACCUUAAAUAAAACGCAGACAGAUGCUUUUUGUGACAAAUGGUCUAAUGCAGAAACUGUAAUUAAAAGUGUGGUCAAAGACCUUUUAAAGCCGCUGAAAAGAAAGACCACAAAGAGAAUGAUCACCUUUUGAGAUAGACACUUUUUGUUUUGCUUUGAGAAGAUGCAUUCUUUAGUACAUAGCUGUCCAAAGUCAGAAAAAGGCCAAUGCACUCAGAAGAAGAUGAAGACUCGAAAGACGAAAGGGGUAAACUAGCCCUAGUUUUGAAUUAUCCAUCAUUGCUCAGAGCCCCCCCCUUCCCAGACUUCUCCAAUGUUGGAACUGGAAGGGCUGCGUUCAACACUUUUUGUAACUUACAGACAAUCUGACAACCAUGGUCACUGUUUCAUGUUCCAUGGUCUUCAGACAGAAAAAUGACUUUUCAUGUGAACAACUGAGUGUAACACUGUUCCUGUCUCCCAGGAAGUGUACCUUGUUGAGACUACAGAGACGAUCAGGGAGCCAGCGGGAGGCUUUUCACUCCGCCUUCCAGUGUGGACAGUCAGAACAGAUAGAAGCACUUUUUCCUUUAGACGUGGUCGGACAACACAUCGUACCACCGAUUGGCUUCCAGCGGAUCAACCCCUUAAGGCCCGUUCAGACAGCCACUGUACCAAUUAUACAGCCGUUAGCUGUAAGCACCAAGUGUUUCUGGGUGUUUGUGUUGAGCUCAGCCUCUGACUGAUCUCUGAACUCCAGUUCUUUCUGUUAUUUCCUCCAGUCUCUCCUUUUUCCUCUUGUCUCUGUACGACUGAAGCAGAUUCAUAAAGCUCUGGGAUACACACAGGGAUUUUUACUCAAGUUGAAACCUUUUCAACUCGUGCACAUUACGUUUGUGUCAAUUCCAAUGACUUUGUUUGCAAUUGUGCAGCCUUGAAAAUCCGCUUUGUUAAAGUCCCCACUCAGGAAGCUCCAUGGCUACCGUCAGACCAGUUUUUGUGUCUUUUACUGGGUUCAUUCAAACCAGUUUGGUCUGCCUUUGAGUCUGUAUGUACUGAAUAUUCCCUCCAUGUGUGACCGUGUAACAUGUGAUGUACAUUAUUAACAGCUCACCUCGAUCUCUGUCCACAACAAAACCACCAACCAGCAUCAUCCAGCUGCUGAGGAGAAAACAAAACAGAAACCACAACCUGAAGGGGACCAGGGUCCAACUGACCGCUGAUAGAAACAUCUGUAGAAUAAAUGUACAGGAAUUUAUUUUGGAGGAGAAGAGGAGCCAAAAUGUCAGCAGGUCAGAGUCAGAGUUGUUCUGUGUUUCAGCCACUAGAUGGAGGCAGAACAUCACUGAAGAAGGUGCAGCUGUAGCAUCAAGCAGAUGUGGAAAUCAGAAAAACAAUUGAGAAAGAUUUCUGAGUGAAGAUUAUACACCUGGAACUUAAAGAGGGACUGGAAUAAUCUGAUGUAAUGAUUACUUUAGAGAGAUAAGAAGAAAAGAAACAAAUAGUGCUGUACAGCAGCAUGACCUUUUCAGGCUGGAGGACGUUUGGGGCUGGACCAUAUUUGUACGUUUUGUCUUGAACGUGUUUUGUUCUUCUUGGGGUGAACAAAGAAUCCAGGGCCGAGGUGGACAGAAACCUGCAGGAGUAGCCAGGAGAAAAGGAACAAUAGCUCGACUGAAAGUAUUGAAAUCAUGUAUGUAAGUGUUGAUUGGUAGGAAUAUUACUUCCUGUUUUGUGUUAUGUUUUUAUAUACUGUAAUUAUUUCUCAGCAGGCCUUUUUGUCUGAUAGACAAGUGCCUGAACCAGCUCUGUGUGAAGACCUGGUGUCAAAAAGACUUAAGAGGCUUUCCAGUCUGUACAGCAGAGGACCCCCCCUCUGUCCUCAGACCCUCUGUUCAGAUCAGGAAAAACUCCCCCAACAAACCUAAACAGGAAGAAAUCUCAGGAAGAGCUACUUCCUGUCUGUAUGUGUGGUACAGAAUAGACCGACAUAGUGAAAUUACAGUUUGGACAAACAGGAUGAAAAAAUUAAAGCAAUAAAUAUCUGCUCUUCAAAAUAAAUGGAGGAUAUCAACUUUUUAAAA